CUCUCUCUCUCUCUCUCUCUCUCUCUCUCUCUCUCUCUCAGUCUGCGAGUGCAGGAAAAUGGCAGAGGCCAGUAUUUCAGUAGAUCAGGACCAGUUCAGCUGUCCAGUCUGUCUGGAUCUGCUGAAGGACCCAGUGACUAUUCCCUGUGGACACAGUUUCUGUAUGGUGUGUAUUAAUGGCUGCUGGGAUCAGGAGGAUCAGAGGGGGGUCUACAGCUGCCCCCAGUGCAGAGAGACCUUCACUCCGAGGCCUGUUCUACGCAGGAACUAUUUUAUAGCUGAAAUGUUGGAGAAAGUGAAGAAGACAGAACUCCAAGCUGCUCCUCCUGCUCACUGUUACGCUGAACCUGGAGAUGUGGAGUGUGAUUUCUGCACUGGGAGGAAACUCAAAGCCAUCAAGUCUUGUCUGAUGUGUCUGGCCUCUUUUUGUGAAACUCAUCUUGAACCUCAUCUGGAAAUUCCAGCUUUGAUUAAACACAAGCUGGUCAAAGCCUCCACACGACUACAGGAGAAGAUCUGCCCUCAACAUGACAAACUGAUCGAGAUCUAUUGCCGUACUGACCAAAGCUGCAUCUGUUAUUUGUGUACGAUGGAUGAACACAGAGGUCAUGAUACAGUUGCAGCUGCAGCAGAGAGAACCGAGAAACAGCGUCAGCUGAAGGAGGUUCAGAGGAAAUCCCAGCAGAGACUCCAGGAGAAAGAGAAGAAGCUGCAAGAGCUGAAACAGGCUGUGGUCACUCUUAAGCGCUCUGCACAGGCAGCAGUGGAGGACAGUGAGAGGAUCUUUACUGAGCUGAUCUGCUCCAUUGAGAAAAAGCGCUCUGAGGUAACAAAGCUGAUCAGAACUCAGGAGAAGAACCAGCUGAGACAAACUGGAGAACUCCUGGAGAACCUGCAGCAGGAGAUUGAUGAUCUAAAGAGGAGAAACACUGAGCUGGAGCAGCUUUCAGUCACAGAGGAUCACAUCCACUUCCUCCAGAGUUUCCAGUCUCUGAGUGUCUCUUCUGGAUGUGAGGACUCCUCCAGCAUCACUGUCCAUCAACAUCCCUCAUUUGAUGGAGUGAGGAAAUCUCUCUCUGAUCUGAAAGAGAGACUAGAGGAAUUCUACAAGGAGGAGUUCAGUAAAGUCUCUCCACAUGCUGCAGCAGUUCAGACCAUCUUAUCCUCAGAGCCAAAAACCAGAGAAGAUUUUCUACAGUCUGCAGCGGUUCAGAAGAUUUUAUCCUCAGAGCCAAAAUCCAGAGAAGAUUUUCUACAGUAUUUCUGUCGACUGACUCUGGAUCCCAACACUGUACAUCAUAGACUCAGCCUGUCUGAGCAGAACAGAGUGGUGAAGUACAGAGGAGGAGAGCAGAGUCUCUCUGACCACCCAGAGAGAUUUCAGUACUGGACUCAGGUGUUGUGUAAGGAGAGUGUGAGUGGACGCUGUUACUGGGAGGUCGAGUGGAGCCUUGGGGAGUGGGUGGGCAUAUCAGUGUCAUAUAAAGGGAUCAGCAGGAAAGGAAAUGGUAAUGAAUGUGUGUUUGGAUUCAACGAUCAGUCCUGGAGUCUGUUGUGUUCUUCUGCUCUCUCUUUCUGGCACAACAGCAUUAAGACUGAGCUCUCAGCUCCAUCAUCCUCCAGAAUAGGAGUGUAUGUGGAUCACAGUGCAGGAACUCUGUCCUUCUACAGCGUCUCUGACACAAUGACCCUCCUACACACAGUCCACACCACAUUCACUCAGCCUCUCUACGCUGGGUUUAGGGUUGUAGGAACCGUGAGGUUACUUGACCCAAACUGAUGAACUUAUUUUAUACUGUGUUUGCCUUUAUUUAAUGCUGAAUGAUGUAUAUAUGUUUUGGCAACAUAUGCUGCCAUCCAAACUAUCUAUUCAGAACAUUUACACCAUUAAAAUCAGCAGCAACAUCAGCAACUUACCCAGCUUUGAUUUU